UAGAUUUUCGAUUCAUUUCGCAUUUCAUUUCCUUGCAAUCACGUUCAAUAUGAUUGCUUGGUCGGUGUUAUUGUUACUAUGCCAACUCGUUGCCUUGGGAUCAGGGUAUGGUGAACAACCUCCACCUGCAACUCCAACUACGCCACCUCCACAAUAUCCUCCAGCGGCUCCACCACCACCUCCACAAUAUCCUCCAGCGGCUCCACCACCACCUCCACAAUAUCCUCCAGCAUCUCCACCACCUCCUCCAACGACUCCACCACCUCCACCACCUCCUUCAGCGACUCCACCACCUCCUCCAGCGACUCCACCACCUCCACCACCUCCUCCAGCGACUCCACCACCCGCUACACCGACUACUCCAACGACUCCGCCAUGUCCUCCAGGAUCAACUACACCAACACCUCCGACACCAACAACUCCUCCACCAGGGGGAAAACCUCCUUCCUCACCAACACCGCCACCUGCUCCAUAUCCAACUCCUCCAACUGGUUCAGGCUCGACUGAAAUUAUCAUUCCAGAAAUCUCUAUUGUUGUGAAACAAAGUAUGACCAUCUACUACGAAGCUAUGGAAGAACAUUCCCAGAUAUUCUUCAACAAAACGCUGAACGAUAAAUUCAGUACAUUUUAUCCUUACAUUGAUUUCAGUUUUGUACCAUGUCAGCAAGCUCAGAUAAUAAAUGGAGACCUAUUCUGCUACAGUCCAAUUGACCCAACAUGCACAUUGAAUAAAGUACAUUCUUGUGCUAUCGCUCAAACCAAUGACAGACUUGCACUUGCGAAAUUUUUAACCUGUACUAUGACUGGAACUGCAGCUCUACCCGAUUAUAACACGUGUGCGACUUCAAGCGGAAUAGACACCACUAAAUUACAAGCAUGUCUCACUUCUGAUCUCGCAAAACAACUUUGCAUCGCAUUUAAAUCUAGAAAGGCCCCCGAAUGUGGUUCAUUACCAGGUUUCAUAUUUAAAAAUCCGAAAGAUAUCAAGCCUACAGAUCCUUUCAAUCACUUCUUGAAUAAUGCUUGCUCGGCAGAUUUCGUUUCAACAACUUGUGCAGUACUUAAAUCGUCCAAAAAACCAGCACCCAUCGAAUGCAAUCAACAGAAACUAGCGGUUUCUUAUUCGUACAAAAUUAUGGAUGAAAACUCAUACAAAGUUCUACAAGAAUGGGCUAAACUUUAUGAUAAAUUUGGUAAAUUCUUCACUAUGGAUUUCCAGCCUUGUAUGUUCGCUGAGAUGAAUAAUGGCCAUUUGGAUUGCAAAGCUGAAGCUGAUAAAGAUUGUGUGACUGGAAAAAUGCAUUCUUGCGCUAUUUCACUAGUUCAAGAUGAAGUUGCACUUUUCAAAUUCAUAGCCUGUAGUGCUCAAGAUCAUACCAAAUUACCGGAUUUCCAAAAAUGCGCAACUGACAACAAAAUUGAUUUCAAUCUGAUAAAAGGAUGCGUUGAUUCGGGUAAAGGUGACCGCCUAUGCUACAGAUCUGGUAAAACAAGACCAAAUACCAAGGAAAUGCCUGUUGUUCGAUUUGAAAUGAAAUACAAUGAAGCAGUUAGUAAAGAAUCCUGGACAAAUCUACAAUUCGUUUUAUGCCAAGAAUUCAAGUACUAUAAUCUCACUUAUCCAGAUGAAUGUAAAGGAGAAGAGAAAUUAUCAAUAUUUUAUGACAGUUUGGAUCCAGAAUUCCAAUGCUUCCUAUCCACAAAAUUCAUGGAAAAUUACAGGAAAUUCGCUCCUUUUGUUACCUUCGAUUUUGUCCCUUGCAGAACUGCAAAAGAAGAAGGUGGCAACCUUUCUUGUCCCAAUAAGCUGGAUAACAAAUGUUUUGUUGAUAAAUUUGAGUCAUGCACAGUGAAGAAUUUCCCAGAUAAUGAUUUGUCAUUGAAAAUCUUAUUGUGCUUAUCACAAUUCGAUGGUGAUCUGUUCCCUGCUCAUGAAGCUUGCGUUGUUUCAGCACAACUCGACGGUGCCAAAUUGAAAGACUGCGCGAACGGAGAAGAUGGAAAGAAGCUUUGUAUUGAUAACGCGAAGAAAGCUCCUAAAAAUGAUCGCUCAAUGGCAUUCCAAUAUGGUGACAAAUGGGAUGAAAAGAUCGAUAAGGAUUUGGCAGGAGACUUCCCAAAAACGUUGUGCAAUUUGCUGAAAGACGCUAAAAAAGGAUACCCACUGGAUUGCUAUCCAGAAGACAAAUGAGAAAUACUGAAAUUUAUCAUAACAUUACUCCAGUUAAUUUUUAUUUGUAUGUACUAUGAAUGUUUUGUGACUUCAUUAAAUGACUACGAUAUUAGCAAUUAAUUUUGA